AUGAUGGGCUACCUAACCAAAAUAGCCGUCCCGUUUAUCCUUCUAAUGAUAAGUGAUAAUGUGCCAUUUGUGAGAAGCUUUUUUACCGCAAGCGGUGGUGGUGACAUGGCCCAUAGAGGGAGAAGGAAAAGAACAAACGACCACUACCACGUGUUGAAACGGAAGAAAGGCGCAAGGGAGGAGAUGCUCCUAAAUAGCGUUGCAAAGGGACAGGGGGGGAGUCUGUUGUGCGACCCCCCCGUGCUAGAUGGGGUAGACAAAGGGGAAGACAUACGUUGUGGUGAUAGUGGUGGUGACGAUGGCGCUGAUGAGCGUGCAGGUAUUCACGAUGGGGACGCUGCUGGGCUGGACCUCUUCCAGAAUGACUGCCUACAGCUGAAGCAGUGGUACCUGGGCCAGCAGGUACGCGAGAAGUGGAAGCAAAAGCACGUGGAAAAUGUCCGCAACAAUUACGAGAAAGUUCUACUAAACAACAAGUACAACGAACUUUUCAACAUGUACAGAAAUAUAAAAAAAAAUAAUGUGGAGAAUUACAAAAAGAGAGUUAAAACAAACAGAAUAAAUCCUGUCAUCUAUGUAAAAAAAAGACUAGUCUCUGCAACAGCAAAGUAUAUUAAAAUGUCCUUUAUGAAGACGAGAAAAAUUCUGUGGAAAAUCAGAUACAUGCCCAUAAUAAAAGCCUUUGCAUUUUUGUACUACUACGGCACGAACAAAUAUACAGUGAAUAUUUACAAGUGUAUAAAAUCAUGCCUCUUUAACGCCAUUAACAAAUAUGGGCGCAAUAAUAUCAAGCCCGUUUUUCACACGCUGCAGGCUAAUAUGGGCGGGUACACCAAGAAGAUUAACAUCCGUGCUAAGGGGAAAACAGACAUAAUACGCGAGCCGCACACACACAUUCGGGUAGUCCUCGAGGUGUAG